AUGUCUGGUAUUAAACAAGUAAGAAAUAAAAAAGUUCUCCCUGAUCUAAGAAAAGAGGGUUAUCUUACUAAGGAAAUAUUGCUUUCAACAAAAGAGAAACAUGGUGUUUCCACUGGAUCGCGAUUAUUUUCACAUCAUACUUUAGCCAGUGUUCGGCGUCUAAGUUUCUACCAUCCUUUCUUCUUACCAGAGGAUAGUCUUGAUUUGGUUUUAGCAGCUACAUAUAAUCAAUCCACUGAAAAGUUUGCUGACAGGGAAGAUCUAUAUUUGCAGCCUGAGACAAUCGGUUGUGACACCUGGCGAAGACUCAGGAACACUUACGAUAAACAUCCACCUGUCGUUAUACCUUCGGGACACCCGAUGAAACGAGGCGGUAUUCGUGAGCAUCGUUCUCCGUUCAGUGUGAAGCUAAUGAAUUCGGGAGUACAUUCUUCCCAGACCAAUCCUGGAUACAGCAGGCAACCAGCCGGCGGAGCCAUAUUCUUCUAUUAA